UGCAACUGAACAGUAGGAAUGUCACAGCUUUUAUUUAAAUAUUUAAAAGUUAUAUAAUUAUGUCACAACAAGUUUAAUUUUAGAUUAAUCAAGUAUUUAAAAAAAACCAUAAAAAUAUGAAACUUUUCCAAAUGUUUUCCAAACAACGACGCAACAGGUGUGGCCGAAAUGAACAUGCGCAGUGCUUCACAUAUCACAGGCACCUCUGAUCGUAACGAUGGCAGCCACUCGCCAUAGAAACGGUGGUCGAUUUUAUUUGUUGAACAAUGCAAAAGAGCACUCUCUGGUACAAUAAUACACAGUUCGGCGGGUUUUCACAUAAAGACGUCUGAAAAUUUUCCCAUUUAAUAUCUAUUUUGUAUAGAUAUUUACACCAAGAAGGAUUAAUUAUCAUAAUGGAGGGAUUGCCAAAGCUACCCGGUAACGAUUUUGCGAACCGACUGCGCCAAAAGCAUCAUGUGCCGCAGAGCUUCAAGUACAUCAAUGGCUACCCGAUUCCGGUGCGGCCCGAGUGUGGUCUCGGUGGCGAACGGCUGAAUGAAGAUUCCAUCCAAUUUUGUCCCGAACCGAAUGGUGGCGGCAACAAUACGGUUCUGUACGAUCCGAUCCUUACGUACGGUCGGGUGCGGCAUCUACCGGUCAAACCGUACCAACCACAUUUUGUGCUGUACGAUCAGAAAACGCUCAAAUUCAAUGCAUUCUUCCGGCAGGCGGUACCGGAGUCGGCCACCGAAACGUUCCGUAUACGGUAUGUGCACAUUCUAUACUUUCUCGAGGACGACACGAUGACCGUGCUGGAACCAACGAUCGAAAACUGUGGCUAUCCGCAGGGUCGGUUGGUGCGCCGUGGCAAGAAACUGAAGAAUGCGGACCGGGAAGAGUUUUACAAUUGGAAGGACCUGAAUAUCGGCAUCGAUGUGGAGAUGCAUGGUUACGUGUUCCACAUUACCGAUUGCGAUGCGUACACGAAAGAAUUUCUGCUUAGCAACGGAAUUGAGCUGAACGAGAUCGAACUGCUCCCACCGGAUCCGGCCAUGAACGAGCGUUCGAUCAGCCAGCGACAGUCGUUCCGGCAUCACAAAAUGUACCCAGUACCGGACGAUAAGCUACGCAAGUAUCUCGAGUAUCAAGGGAAGGUUCUGCACUUCGACUGUGUCCUGGAUGAGCGAGACCGCGAUGGGGGCGAACUGAUGACGUACAAACUGUUCUAUUAUCUCGAAGAUGAUACCGUUUCCAUAAAAGAGCUUAAGGAGAACCAAGAAGGACGGGACUAUUUCCCGAUGCUGCUCCGUAAACAGAAGCUGCCAAAGAAUUGGAAAGAAAAUCCUGUUUCUCACCCGUCCAUAUUUCUCGAGAAAAGCGAUGCCGAAGUUUCGGAAUAUUAUUCUCCAAAGGAUUUGAUCGUCGGCACGACCAUCUUCGUGUACGGGCGCAAGUUUCUUCUGCUUGACUGUGACGGAUUCACGCGUUGCUACUACGAGAAAGCACUCAAGCUCAUCCAACCGGACAGGAUGCGGCUGGAUAGUUCGCCCAGGCGUAUACCUCGGCUGGAAGUGCCAAGUUACCUUGGUCUCGGUACACCCGAAGAUUCGCUUGCAUCGUACCAUAGCCUUGUACCGAAAAGCCCUAAAAAGGACGUCAUCACGUAUUUAGUGAAUGUAAACAAAUUUCUACGGUACGGGUGCGUUCUGGACACUGCACACCCAGAGGAUAAAAUACGCAAAUUCGUACUGAGUCUAUCGCUUGCUGACGGUACGAUUACCAUCAUGGAAUCAGCUAUAGACAAUUCAGGCAUUCGGGGCGGCCGGUUCUUAUCACCGCGUAAAGUUUGGCUACCCGGGUGCAAUCCGGACGAACCGGAGUAUUACACGGCAAAGGAUCUCUAUAUCGGAGCGACGCUAGUAGUGUUUGCGCAUCGGUUUAAAAUUGUCAGUGCCGAUCUGUACGUGUACCGGUACAUGCAAGCGCAUCCGGAAAUAUUUUCCCCAAUGGCCAUUGACAGCGUGCGCAAUUAUCUGUUGGCCGAAGGACAUUUGAAAGACGAUCUUCGGCAAGCUACCGAAGAGGAGUAUAAGAAAUUGGAGGCAACGACUUGCAGCGAAUCAAACGAUCAAGAUGAAGUGCAGAAGCGACUGACCGGAUUUGAAAUCAAUGACUCGAAAGCUUCCUCACCGAAGCCGUCGCCACGUGGUUCACCCGUUCCCCACGGAGAUGGUACCGUUCGUUCAGUCGAACCAGCGGAACAUCCUUGCCCACAUCCAAUUAUACCCGACGAAGAGUUACGGAGGGCUUAUCACACGAACGAACCGGAGGAACUUGCCAUCCAAGCAUAUCGCACUUCGGAGGAUCAACCUUUGUCAGCACAAGGGUCUCCCUCUCACGAAACGAAACAGAGGCCAAAAACGGUCCGAUUUCAAGACGAUUGCUAGGCUAAUUUACCUUUAGAUGUUUCCACGGCUCGCGUAGGAUAUUUCAACGAACUAAAAGAAUAUUCAAAAGGACAAUUCGCACAUACACACAGUACUACACACGCGCGCACGAAAAACACACACUCCGAAGCGCGCACACGCAGCUACCGUCAGCUGUUCACGUACACCGUUUGUUUAUGCCGGCAUCAAGAAAAGCACAUACGCAGCCGUACGCCGUAUGUCACCUAAAUGUCAUCGAAAUUGUACAGGGUGAUACCUUUUUAGCGGUUUUAGUUGGAUGAGAUUGUUUUUUUUUUAACAUGCAUCCAUGCAAUAAAGCUA